AUGGAGCUGAAGCAGUAUUACUCCGGGACCAAGAAGCGCAGCGGAGACUCCGGAGUGGAACCGGAUCGGAACCUCUUGAGCAAAGAGCAGCGGGACCAGCGGAUCAGUCUGUUCCUGCGGGAUUUCGACCAGCAAGCGAAGGACCACCUGCAAGUCAUGAAGCAGGACCUGGAGGCGCUCCUGCAGACGGCCGAGAAGGCGUUCCGGGUGGAGCUCCUGACCAGACCCCUGGUCCUGCGCCGGAUGAGGAGGAAGGACCUGAUCCAUCUGAAGGAAGAGGAAGCAGCUGCCACAGUUGUGGCCGCAGCGACAGCAAAUGACUGCUCGAUGGGAGAGGGACCCAAUCCCAAGCUAUUAAGGACUGGCAGCAAGCGAGUUAAGGUCACCACAAUUGUGGAAUACAAAGAUGCAAAAGAGGAGAGCGGACCCAAGACGAAGAAGACACCUCAGAAAAUUUUAAAAACCAAGUCGUUGGCUUCCUUGGCGUCUGCCUUGAAGGGCAAACAAGGUACUUCUCGGUCUGUGUGCUCCACUCCAAACAUGAGAAAUCCCAACAAGGCCUGCACGCUUCAGCGAUCCGCCUCUGCCUCCAAAUAUAUCCCAUUGGGCUCUAAGAGACAUCCCCAGAGGGGCUUCUUGAAUGGUACAUCUGCUUCGGAAAGGACUUUUGGCGUGGCCGUCAGAAGCGCUUCCAUGCCGCAUGAGAAAGCAGUUCCCUUUGUCAACAUACCUCUGGCUGAUGGGCAGACUCUCUGUUUAGCUAAUGACGACCUCAAGAACCUCAACAGGGAGAUGUUAAAUGAUGACACAGUCCAACAUAUUCAUACUCUAGUGAACCAGUUGACAGUCUUGUGUGGAAAAGCAACAGUUAAGCCAAGCUGAUGAAACCCCCAGUACCCAUUUCCGAUUCAGUAUGGAAGCACCGUGGAUAACUUCAGCCUCUGUGAGGCUCUCAUUUCUGAUGGGAUGGGGCACCCUUUCUGCUUUGUUUUUAAUGGCUUAUAUAUCAAUAAACCUUGUAUUUCUUCAUA